AUGUCUUCGACUGACGCCGCCACGCCGUGGCAUGCCGCCUACCCUUCUCCACUCUGCAAAACGCCCGCAGCCAUGACACGCCAGGAGGUGUUGAACAUGAUCAAGGACGGCAAGAAUAUCGCUGGCAAGACUUACGUCCUCGUCGAUCUUCGUCGGACCGACCAUGAGGUAGCACCUACUGCAUUUUCGGGCGGUACCAUUCGUGGAUCCAUCAAUCUACCGGCACAAAGCCUCUACCCGACGAUCAAACCUCUAUACAGCCUAUUCAAAUCUGCGGGAGUUCAAAAGGUCAUCUGGUAUUGCUCAUCCUCUCGGGGUCGAGGCCCACGAGCAGCUGGAUGGUUCCAGGACUAUAUCAAUGAGCGAGGAGAUCAAGAAAUUGGGAGCGUGAGUCUAUCUGAAGGCGUUGCAGGUUGGGCCAAGGCCGGUGGCGAGUUCGUGGAGUGGAUGGAUGAGUACGACGCGGCUGUUUGCGAUAGCAAGUAG